GGUGGCUCCGCACUCGAGCCUCAUGCCAAGCGACAGAACCUCAGGUUGUGUUCGCUGCCGGCUGAAGUGGAGACUUCAGAGUCACGUGAUACACCUGGAGCACACCGGGGGCAAACGUCAAAGCCACGUGUGGGAGCUGCUGCUGAACUCAAACCGAGUUGUGUGGAGGCCUGACCUGUGUUGCGAUCCUGAGCUUGCAGGUCCUACUGCUCCGGCCCAGAGGGGGCGCGGUGUCCUGCCAGCGCUGCUGACAGGACGAAGAAGAAGCCGCGGCUGCUCCUCACGCCAACUAAACGUUAUUUUUGAACAAGAAUGAGUUUCAUUUGUUCGCAUUAGACACUAUAAUGCAAGCAACUUCACCGACCUAACGGCAGAUUUCGAGAGUGUUUCUGAUAGAUUAGAAGUGAUGGCGACCACUGAGGUGGAGUCUGAGAGCAGAUCAGACCUGGUGACCUCUGACCCGGAUUGCAGAGCCCCAGUCAAAGUGCUGUACUGUGGAGUUUGCUCCCUGCCAACAGAGUACUGCGAGUACAUGCCUGAACCAGCCAAGUGCAGACAGUGGCUGGAGAAAAACUUCCCUGAUGUGUUUGCCAGAAUGACUCUUGGUCCUGCCGCCAAUGCGCCUAAGAAAGAGCCUGUCACCGGAGAGGCACCCCCUGCUGUGGAGGAGGAGGAGAAGAAAAAACAGAAGAGAGGAGGACGAGGUCAGAUUAAACAGAAGAAGAAGACGGUGCCACAGAAAGUGACGAUAGCAAAGAUCCCCCGAGCCAAGAAGAAAUAUGUGACGCGCGUGUGUGGGCUCGGAACCUUCGACAUUGAGCUGAAAGAAGCCCAGCGGUUCUUUGCUCAGAAGUUCUCCUGCGGUGCCUCCGUGACGGCCGAGGACGAGAUCAUCAUUCAGGGAGAUUUUACAGACGACAUUAUCGACGUGAUUCAGGAGAAGUGGCCCGAGGUGGACGAUGACAGCAUCGACGACCUUGGGGAAGUGAAGAAGUGACAGACGAGGACCAGCCGACAUCCUUGCGUUCCUUUUCUACUUUCUUUCCUGUAAAUACACACUGGGCUGCUUUAUAGCCAGAAACCUUUCUAUUGUUUGCCAAAGGUGUGACGUCCUCACCCGGGCCCCUCCCCGCUCACGCUACUGUCGGAGAAUAAAAUGAUAACACGA